AGGUUUGAUUUCCGGCCGACCUGGCAGGACAACACUCCAUCGAUUGUCGUUGCGAAACAAAUUUUUUCUCACAUUUGCAUCAAUUCCCCUUUCACGAAGCAGACAAGGAUUUGGUUUGUCAAACCGUUGUAGCAAACAGGACUAUCACCAGCUUAGCAUAGCAGUCAAGUUUGAUACCCGUUUAUUAAGUACCUAGAAGGUCAACCCGCAAGGAGACGAGACAGAUAAACAAUCUCCCCAUUAGCAUAGCACCAUUGGAGUCAUACAUACACUCGUUCUGAAUUUAUUUUGAAAAAGAUGGACUCUACCUCCACCAACGAUGAUGAAUUGGAAUCUACCUUUCUGAUUGCAAUUGUGAUUGGUUCCACGGGGUUUGUGUUGAUGGUGCUUGGUGGCGUAUACUACUUGACGAGACUGGGAGACGUUCCGAGCCGAAAGGCAGUGGCAGCAGCGGAAGAGGCAGAGGGACAGCAGCAAGCAAGCAAAGAUGACGACAUUGAAAAGGGAAAGAGCUCCACUCCAGCAGAUGCACCAGCACAACAACCGACAAGUUCUGCGUCCGCACCAUCUCAACAGCAACAACAACAAUCAUCCUCAUCACAGUCUCCCGAUACGGCCGCUACAACAACGACCAUCAACGAAGAGUUGAUUGAGAUUUACGCACCAGCUGGAAGACUGGGCGUUGUGUUGGACACACCCGGUGAUGGGCCACCCAUUGUGCAUGAAAUUAGGUCUACUUCCGUGUUGAGGGAAGAACUCCAGGUGGGAGAUCGUGUGAUUGCGCUGGACGAUGAAGACGUUCGCAUGAUGUCGGCGAAUAAGGUAUCCAAAAUCAUUAGUCGAAAGAUGGAAAACUCCACCCGAAAGUUUAGCAUUGUGCGAACUGUCGACCCCGAUGGUAAUAAUGAAUGAACGAACAAGAGUGGAGCCAUUCCAACGCAACACGACAAUCAUCAUGUUGAACAAGGAAAUGCCAGGUUCAUUGCAGAGUCGAAAAACGGUGCGAUACGAAAGAGUGGGAGGAUUGCACACAAUUUGCAUCUUGCGACUCUGCCUUGAUGUGGUCAUCGUCUGUUGAAAUUGUUUCAUUGCGGUCCAGUACUACCGUAUCUGUCAAUAGUGCAUCAAUAGUAUCGUUGCCUCCCAUCUCCUUUGUUCAAUUCACCUAAUAUAAACUAUUGUAAAGCUCGCUCAAUUAAUU